ACUCUCUCCCAGCCUUUCUUUCCUCUGUCUCCAUCUUUUCUCUCCUCUAUCACUCACUUUUUCUCUGUCCCUCCCUCCCUCGUCUCCCAUUCUCUUCCCCCUCCCUUUUUUCUCUCUAUUUCCUGUCAUUCUUUUUUUUUUUUUUCUUUUUUUUUUACUUCUCUCUGGAACUGGCCCAGAAACUAGAAAAACACACAUUUCCGACCAGCUGAAUACAAGCUCUCCUCCUGUUCUCUCUUCCUCCUUCUCUUCCUCCGAUCUUAGGGUUGCUAUCUCCUCGCCUCUUUAAACCACUACCCCAACAUCUGUCUCCUGUAACUAUCUGCAGGGAAGAUAUGCUGCCACUGUACUCAACUUCCAAAUAGCUGUCAGAAAAAUCUUACAAAAAGAAUAACAAACGCCCAAGUUUUUAAUAUUUUUUUUUGCUCAUAAUUUAUUUGCUUUGCAUUGCUUUUUUUAUACUUAUGUCAUUUUUUAUCUAUUUUCUUUUUUUUAAAAUUUCCUGGAAAAGACCCACGGGUUUCAAAAGCAUGGUCAGUGUUCUGUCAAAAAAAAAAACAUGUAACUAUUUCUGUACGACAAAACUGGGAAACUGAAGAAGGCGUGUAACAGAAAUUUGUUGUUUCUUUUUAGAUAUUGUUUGUUUAUAUUUUUGAAUCUCUUUCACACGGGAUGCUGAGACAUGGAUGAGCCAUCGUUCCACAGGAUUGUAUGAUUUCUGCCGUUUUUUAAGACUCUGCUUAUUUUAUUUAGUUCAUUUGAAGACGCCAGCAAGGAUAUUUAUUAGAUACAUUUAAGUAUAAGAAUUACUUGCGUUUUGGUUAACAAAAAAAAAGAAAAGAAAAGCUAAGUAAAUCCAACGUGGGAAAACAGUCUGGAUAUAUUUAGAAGACCUGCUUUUGGAUAUUGUAAAAUCUUCAUAUAACACUUUUGAACGACCAUUUUUAACAACUGCUAGAAGUAUCAGCCGAUUAAAAGCCGAAGAACGCGACAAUGUUAUAUUGCUCUGUAUUUGUGGCAUUUACUUGAAAUGUACAGCCUUUUCCUUGAAUCCCAUUUCUAUUUGGCAUUGAAUUUCGAUCUCAAGCUGACCGAUUAACCAAUCUAAGAAUUUAUUGAUCAAUCAAGUCACUAUUGGGGAUUUCGCACAGGUGUACUUUUUUUUUUACAUUUUUUUUUUUUUUUUUAAUUCUCUACCCCUUCUUGAAAACUCUUGCAGAUAAAUGAGGUGAGAAAAAUAAAAGAUCAUCAAUGUCUCGUUGGCGGAAGAAGGGAGCUAGGAGAGGCACCCUGCUUCUCCUGCUUCUUGUGGCACUGGUGCUGGGGGGUACAGCUUUCUGCUUGGCAUCGGUAAACCUGAUACUGACGACUACAAUCUGGGGACAGAAGUUGUGCCAGGCGCACGCCUUACUACACCAGGAUCCUUCCAUUUAUGAACCAAAGACAGGGUCGCAGAACUUUUAUCAAAAUGUUUGGGAGAAACAGCAAUUUCUAUAUGAGAAACUGAGGGAGGAAAAAGAUCGUCACAAACGCUCAGUGAGAAAUAAAAAAAACAAAGGAAACCGCAAACCCACGUUAGUUUCAGCAGCUCAUUAUGAAGUGAGAUUAUCCAAGGGCGUGCUACAGACGAAUGCAGACACAAAUGGUACAGUCCGCAACUGGGUUGAAGUGCCCUUGAAUGCCAGCAGCCCGGUCCAUUAUGAUAAUAAACGGGGAGAGUUUAUUGUGGACCACAGAGGAUUAUAUUAUCUGUACUGUCAGGUGCAUUUUAAUGACCACAGCAUCUACAUCAAGUUAGAUCUCCUUCUCGAUGGCUUUUUGAAGUUCCGCUGUCUGCAAGAAUUCUCUGCUACUGCCACCAGCAUCCGUGAAUCUGAGAGGAAGACUUGUGGUGUCUCUGGCCUCCUCUCUCUACGCCCUGGUUCCUCCCUCCGUAUUCAGACACUUCCCGAGAUUAGCUUGAGAGCAGAGUCUUUCCUUACUUACUUUGGCCUCUUCCAGGUCCACUGAGUUUACCAGUUCUGAAAGAAUCACCCAGAAUGUGGGUGGGAGCAGCCAGUAUGACACUGCUUCCAAACUGAACUACUGUAUCAAAUCUGGAUUACUUCACCAGAAUUCACUGCAAAACUACAAAUCAAGACACCACUUUUACUAUACAGCCCAGAAAGACUUGGAGAACCAGAAAACGAGAGACAUCACCAGACCUUUUAAGGUCCAGAUGUAUAAUAAUCUAGAAGAGGUAGAAAGCAAGCUGCUAAGGGUCCAUAAUGCAUUUAACAUGUAGAGCAAAAUAAGUGUCUCUUUAAUCCCAAACUGCAUUAACUAUAAUUAAUUAGCGCAAGCCAUUUGAAAUCCAGAAUCAGAGCACUAUGAGAUACAGAAUGAGGGUGCUGUAAAUUCCAGAAUCAAUCAACUAUUGAAUUGAGUAUAAAGGACAAAUUCCUUACAAAGACAAAAACCUAUAUGGAUCAUUGUGUAUUUUAACUACAAAACCAAAAACAAGAGAUACGAUUGAUGGGGUACAAGAUAGAGCAGAUGUUCCCUUGUAUUUCAGAUCUAGAACAAAAAAGUGAAUAGCAAACAAAAUCUGGGACAAAUAGAGACCAUGUCUCUAU